AACGAAAAUAGGCUAGACGGGGCAGAGUAACCGAAUGAACUACAUUACCCACAAGGCAUCAUGCAGACUGCGCUGGUUUCCCGAAAUACAGAAAGAGUCCGACCUGGAGGACUGGAUGAUUGAGGUCUGAGGAGAUACCAGAAGAAAACACCACCUCAGCAGACGCACAGCACCUCAUCUGCUUGUCUUCUCAAGUCGAUCCGUUCCAGGAAACGAGGAAGAAAAACUUUGAUUGUCGCCUGACAGAGAUUGGAUUUUUGUGCAAUGUCAUUGGCCUUAUGACUGUUAUUUAAGACUGUUCUCCCUACUAAGUCCCUCACCUCUUUUAGGAUAUUUUUUGUUUGUCGCUGCGUUGACGAUCUCACCUCUUCUCUAGCAUCUCUGGGCAUACUGUGGGAUGUACUUUGGAUACACUGACCUUUGAACCAAAGCAAAUUCAAUGAUUUCCUUCUGUUCAGGAUAAUAACCCCAAAUCUCCAGCACUUUUACAAUGAAUUUCUUCAGAUUCCCAGUCCAGCUGCAGCUGCUGAUCAGUACUGUGCUUGGGCCCUGCUUGGGCCUGGAGUUUACAGGGUCGCAAGGCCAGUGGGCACGCUAUCUCCGCUGGGAUGCCAGCACCAGAAGUGACCUCAGCUUCCAGUUCAAAACAGACGUGUCCACCGCCUUAAUCCUGUACUUUGACGAUGGCGGCUUCUGCGACUUCCUGCAACUCAUGGUGGUUGAAGGGAAGCUCCAGUUGCAGUUCAGCAUCGACUGCGCCGAGACCACAGUCGUAUCGGACAAGCGAGUCAAUGACAGCAGCUGGCAUUCUGCCACCCUGAAUAGGUACAACCUGAGAACUGUGCUGGGUCUGGACGGAGUAAUCAAAUCGGGUGAGGUGCGGCCACAGAGGCAGUACAUGAAGAUCGUUAGUGACCUCUUCCUGGGCGGAGUCCCUCAAGAUAUUCGCAUUUCUGUGCUCACUCUCCCGACAGUGAAGGAUCUUCCGCCAUUUAAGGGAAUUAUCAGGGAACUGAAGUACAAUAGCAAGGAACCUAUUCUACUAAGCAGCCAGAGGGUCCGCAUGGACAUAGAGGGGAUCUGCAUGGAGAACCCAUGUGAGAACGGAGGGACGUGCUCCGUUGUGGAUGGGGAACCACUUUGCGAUUGUUCUAAGACAGAAUAUGUUGGCCGAUUCUGCAGCGAAGAGGCCAACAGCAUCCCAGGUUUUGCACACAUGAUGAUGGCGGAUCAAGCCAAGGGCAAAGCGCGAGAAGAGAACGUGGCCACUUUCCGAGGUUCCGAGUACUUCUGCUACGAUUUGUCUCAGAACCCCAUCCAGAGUAGCAGUGACGAGAUCACGUUGUCCUUCAAGACCUGGCAAAGAAAUGGCCUUAUCCUCCACACCGGCAAGUCCGCAGACUACGUCAACCUGGCCCUGAAAGACGGAGCCGUAUCGUUGGUCAUCAACUUGGGUUCGGGAGCUUUCGAGGCCAUUGUCGAGCCUGUCAAUGGCAAAUUCAACGACAAUGCCUGGCAUGACGUGAAAGUCACACGCAACCUCAGACAGGUGACGAUAUCUGUGGAUGGCAUCUUGACCACAACAGGCUACACGCAGGAGGACUACACCAUGCUGGGAUCGGACGAUUUCUUCUACGUUGGAGGAAGUCCAAGCACAGCGGACUUACCUGGGUCGCCUGUCAGCAACAAUUUUAUGGGUUGCCUGAAAGAGGUUAUUUACAAAAACAAUGACAUCAGGCUGGAACUCUCCCGGCUCGCCCGCAUUGUGGACCCCAAAAUGAAGAUCCAGGGAGAUGUGGUGUUCAAGUGCGAGAAUGUGGCCACCCUGGACCCCAUCUCGUUCGAGACGCCCGAGGCUUAUAUCAGCUUACCUAAGUGGAACACCAAACGCAUGGGCUCCAUCUCCUUCGACUUCCGUACCACUGAACCAAACGGCCUUAUUCUCUUCACCCACGGGAAGCAGCAGGAAAGAAAGGAUGCCCGUAGCCAAAAGAAUACAAAAGUGGACUUUUUUGCAGUGGAGCUUCUGGAUGGAAGUUUGUACCUGCUGCUGGACAUGGGCUCUGGGACUAUCAAAGUAAAAGCCACACUGAACAAGGUGAACGACGGGGCCUGGUACCAUGUGGACAUCCAGCGAGAUGGAAGAUCAGGCACCAUAUCUGUUAACAGCCGUCGCACUCCGUUCACUGCCAGUGGAGAAAAUGAGAUCCUGGACCUGGAGGGGGACAUGUACCUAGGCGGCCUCCCUGAUAACCGGGCAGGCCUAAUCCUUCCCACUGAACUAUGGACCGCCAUGCUAAACUACGGCUAUGUGGGAUGCAUUCGGGACCUGUUCAUUGACGGUCGCAGUAAGGACAUCAGACAGAUUGCUGAGGACCAGAAUGGUGCAGGCAUCAAACCUUCCUGCAACAAGAUGCCAGUCAAGCAGUGCGACAGCUAUCCGUGCAAGAACAAAGGCGUGUGCAAAGAAGGAUGGAAUCGCUUUAUCUGCGACUGCACAGGCACCGGUUACUGGUCCCGCUCCUGCGAGAGGGAGGCGUCUAUCUUGAGCUAUGAUGGGAGCAUGUUCAUGAAAGUGGUGAUGCCUACCGUGAUGCACACUGAAGCGGAGGACGUGUCCCUUCGCUUCAUGUCUCAGCGGGCGUAUGGCCUGCUCAUGGCCACCACUUCACGCGACUCCGCCGAUACUCUUCGACUAGAGCUGGAUGGCAGUCGUGUCAAACUCACGGUCAACUUAGACUGUAUCAGGAUAAACUGUAACUCCAGCAAAGGACCAGAGACACUGUAUGCCGGACAAAAACUCAAUGAUAAUGAAUGGCAUACUGUGCGCGUGAUCCGGAGGGGCAAAAGCUACAAGCUAACGGUUGACGAUGACGUAGCAGAAGGUCAGAUGGUGGGCGAUCACACCCGGUUAGAGUUCCACAACAUCGAGACGGGCGUGAUGACCGAGCGCCGUUUCGUCUCCAUGAUCCCCUCCAGCUUCAUCGGUCACCUGCAGAGCCUGAAGUUCAAUGGCAUGCUGUACAUCGACCUGUGCAAGAACGGUGAUAUCGACUACUGCGAGCUCAACGCUCGCUUCGGCAUGCGCUCCAUCAUCGCAGACCCCGUGACGUUCAAGUCAAAGAGCAGUUACCUGAGUCUAGCGACCUUGCAGGCUUACACAUCCAUGCACCUUUUCUUCCAGUUCAAGACAACCUCUCCGGACGGAUUCAUCCUCUUUAACAGCGGGGAUGGAAGCGAUUUCAUCGCUGUAGAGCUGGUGAAAGGGUACAUACAUUAUGUGUUUGAUCUCGGCAACGGGCCCAAUGUAAUCAAGGGCAACAGUGACCGAGCUCUCCAUGACAACCAGUGGCAUAACGUUGUCAUCACUAGAGACAACAGUAACGUCCACACGCUCAAAGUCGAUGCUAAGUUAGUGAGUCAAGUCGUCAAUGGCGCUAAAAAUCUGGACCUUAAAGGUGACCUCUACAUCGCCGGAUUGGGGCCCAACAUGUAUAACAGCCUGCCCAAACUCGUGGCCUCCAGGGACGGCUUUAUGGGUUGCCUGGCAUCUGUAGACCUGAACGGUCGCCUCCCCGACCUCAUAAACGACGCCUUGUUCCGCAGUGGUCAGAUUGAGCGAGGAUGCGAAGCAUCCAAAAGUGAACUUGGUUUCACCAAAGCAGAUCUACAAGGUCCUAGCACUACAUGCCAAGAAGACUCCUGUGCCAACAUGGGGAUCUGCAUCCAGCAAUGGGAGAACUACACCUGUGACUGUUCAAUGACCUCCUACACUGGGACGCAGUGUAAUGACCCUGGAACAACGUAUAUCUUUGGGAAAGGAGGAGGUGUCAUAACCUUUAACUGGCCAGCCAAUGAGCGCCCGAGCACCCGUACGGACAGGCUGACUGUGGGCUUUAGCACCUCUCUCAAGGAUGGCAUCCUGAUCCGCAUCGACAGUGCCCCUGGCCUGGGAGACUACCUCAUGCUCCACAUUGAGCAAGGCAAAAUUGGAGUCACAUUCAACAUUGGAACGGUUGACAUCGUUGUUCUGGAGAGCAGCACCGCUGUAAAUGAUGGCAAGUACCAUGUAGUGCGCUUCACCAGAAAUGGGGGCAAUGCUACACUUCAGGUGGACAACUGGGCCAUCAAUGAGCACUUCCCCUCAGGUAACAGCGAUAAUGAGAGAAUUCAAAUGGCCAAUAAGAAAAUUCCUUUCAAAUAUGCCCGGCCCGUAGAGGAAUGGCUUCAGGAGAAAGGGCGGCAGUUAACGAUAUUCAACACCCAGGCCACGAUAACAAUUGGUGGUUCAGACCGCAAGAGGCCUUUUCAGGGCCAACUCUCCGGACUCUACUACAAUGGCCUCAAAGUGCUCAACAUGGCUGCUCAGGGCAACCCUAACGUCAAAAUCAACGGCAGCGUCCGUCUGGUGGGCGAGAUUCCCGCCGCAGGUUCAGCCAGAACCACGGCUUUCCCCCCAGAGAUGUCCACCACCUUUAUCGAGACCACCACCACCAUGUCCACCACCACCACGAGAAAACACCGAACUCCACCUACAAUACAGACCACGGAUGACAUGGUCUCCUCUGCCGAAUGCUCCAGUGACGACGAGGACUUUGCUGAGUGCGAAGGACAUGCAGGUGGGCUAGGAGGUGAAUUAGUUUUCCCAGUACUAGUAAAGGAUCCCUUAGAGCUCCCCUCUGUAGCCACUCGUACACCCUCCAUCCCCUUUCCCCCAACCCUCCGCCCCCACCUCACCAUUAUUGAGACCACCAAAGAGUCCCUGUCCAUGGCCACUGAGGCGGGGGUACCUUGCUUGUCGGACCGAGGCAGCGAUGAUUGUGAUGAUGAUGAUGAUGAUGGCUUGAUGAUAUCUGGGUAUGGCUCUGGGGAAGCAUACGACUCUAACCUGCCCCCUACUGAUGAUGAAGAUUUUUACACCACCUUCUCCUUGGUAACAGAUAAGACCUUGUCAUCGUCGACCUUUGAAGGUGGCUACAAAGCUCACGCGCCUAAGUGGGGAUCCAAGGACUUUAGACCUAACAAAGUCUCCGAUUCUGGUAGGACUACUACCGCAUCUUUUUCCCCCAAGCUGAGCCGCUCUACGUCCACGCCACCCAAACUGCCCGCAGGCAAAAUGAAUCACAGGGAGCUAAAGCCCCAGCCCGACAUAGUCUUGCUUCCAUUGCCCACUUCCUAUGAGGUAGACAACACAAAGCUGAAGAGCCCAUUAAUAACCUCCCCCAUGUUCCGUAAUGUACCCACAGCAAUCCCCACGGAGCCGGGCAUCAGGCGGGUUCCGGGGGCCUCCGAGGUGGUCCGUGAAUCUAGCAGCACCACCGGAAUGGUCGUCGGGAUAGUUGCCGCUGCCGCUUUGUGCAUCCUAAUACUGCUGUACGCCAUGUAUAAGUACAGAAACAGGGACGAGGGAUCCUACCAAGUGGACGAGACCAGGAAUUACAUAACCAACUCGGCGCAGAGCAAUGGAGCAGUCAUGAAGGACAAGCAGCAGAGCACGAAAAGCGGCAACAAGAAACAGAAAAACAAGGACAAGGAGUACUACGUGUGAGUCCGAGCGUCGCCCCGUUGCUUUGACAGAACUUUGACAGACCUGUUGGGCACUGCGCCGAGAGAGAGGGCGACAGGAGCCGAACCCCGGCGCUGUGCCAAGGCGGCGAACUCUGAUGUGAACUGUACCAUAAAGCACACUUACAACUGUAAGCACACCGCGAAGGUAAAAUAGCAAACAUUAGUGACCUUACUCCUCUAUCUGGUCGGAGACGUUAUCAGUGUAGAAUAUUCCACGGCUACAUCAUAAUCCUAAGUGACUUUUUAGAGGUAUGUGAACCUUGGCGUAAAUCUCGUUUUUCUUUUCUUUUGUAACUCUGUAAAAAGAGGAGAACGUUUCAAGCAUGUAAGAGACACGUAGUGCUGACGUCCGUAACGACAGUGGGACCCAAAAAAAUGUUGUUCACUUGAAAAAAAAGGACUCCUGCCAACAAAAUAAAUAAAUAUAUAUAUAAAUAUAUAUAUAAAUUCUAUAUAUGAGAAAUUUGUAUUGUUUAUACAUUACAUGUGGUGUCUUAUCAUUUUUUGCUCUCUGCAAAAAGAAGAAAAACACUAUGUAAUAACCGAAACUGCUCAAGACUGGUCACCGAGGCUCUGACAGCACUGCACUGUUAUGAUUUCCAGCCAAAAUUGAUCAUUUUAAUUGUACAACCAAAUGUAAAAUUGCAAAUGUGUGAGUUGCCAGAAAGACAGUGAUGUUUCCUUGUCUCAGUAAAGCGACUGAUUGUAGUGCAUGCCAUGCCAUCCUUCGCUUCGAACACGUCGUCCGCCCACCGGGCCGAUCCCAUCAUCAGAUAGACCUCUCGUCCCUCAAAGCGACACGACAAGGGAACAUGUCGCAGAUUGGAACUUUUUCAACCGUAUGUAUGUUGGUCCAUUUGCUCUCGUCUCUUUUUUAUACAGCUGUCUGGUGCAGACUGGCGCAGUGCUAUGAUACUGUUAACGGAUGUCUAUACGAAAAUAAAUCUAAUGUGAAAAGUGUGAAAAAAAAUCCUAUCUGUUGUCACAGUCGACUGUGUCGAACGAGAAAUUUGUUUACAUAUUUUAUUACAUGAUAGCAGUUGUACUUUGUAGGUAGAUGAUGUACAUACAAACCUAAGUUGUAUUUUUUUUUAAGUAAUUCUAUUGUACAGAGAGAUCAUUGAUUUAUUCAGUGUGUUUCAUGCAGAAAUAUCCGACACUGUCAACUCAUGUGAAGGAAGAAAAAAAUAUACAGUACACACACGUUUUUGUAAGGACAAGCAGAGAAUAUUGUUAGAUUAGAAGUCUAAUCUUUCUCGCAGUCCAAGUCCAAGCAUGGGUAUUUGACUACUUGAAGCUGUCGAUGAAAUACAAGACGCACUUCUAUUGUACCAAGGUUUCCUUGUUAUCGGUUGUUUUAUUUAUAGGAGAAUCAAAGAAAUAUGUAAUAAAGACAGACUAAUAUGGACACGGACAUGCAGCUCAGAUAAUUUACGCCGUACGUGUGUUUCUUACCUUAAUGUCUUAAUACGAGUGGCCUAGACUGCAGUAAGCCCUGUCGCAUUGACAGACUUUUUGCCAUUUUUGUUCUUAUUCAUGUAUAUUUUUGCCAUUUUUUGGAGGAAAAAAAAUAUAUAUAUAUUUGUUUAUUACUGUACCAUAAAUAAGAUGUGAAAAUGUGCCCAUGUUAUUUUUAAUCUUCAUUUUCUGUUCAACCUCACAUGCGCUUUUAUUCUUUUCAUUUAUGACAUCAUAGUCACGUAGCUUCGCUUCAGAA